UGGACCUUGCCCAGAUGAACCGUGCCCAGAUGGACCUUGCCCAAAUGGACCUUGCCCAAAUGGACCUUGCCCAGAUGAACCGUGCCCAGAUGAACCGUGCCCAGAUAGACUGCGCCCAGAUGGACCGUGCCCAGGCUCAGGUGUCAGAAAGGCCGUUGCCACCACCCAUUAUCCCAUAUUCAGUUCAGCAGCCAACAUAUGAGACUUUUACAAUGCCACCAACAUAUGAGACAAUGCCACCAACAUAUGAGACAAUGCCACCCACAUAUCAGACAAUACCACCCACUUAUGAGACAAUGCAACCCACAUAUGACACUGGCAUAAUUCCAACUACAUACAAGAUUGAUCAGAUGCGUGAGCAUCAGCAGGAGCCACAGGCUCAAUUCUUGAAUCUUGCACAGCCACCGCCACCGCCGCCGCCGCCGCCGCCGCCUCCUCCUAUGAUCAGCUCUCCAGCAGUCAUCAAUCGCCGCGUCUCUAAUAACCAAAUGCGUGGCCGAAACUUUUAUCGUGGGGGCAAAGGACGCUCAUGGCAGAAUCAGCGUACUCAAAAUUGGCAGCAGACUCGCCAGUAUGAGAACAACUACCAAAACUAUGGCGACCGGUACAAUCCUUAUUAUCAGCAGCCGCAGAUGAUGCAGAAUUAUAACUUAAACAUGACACAUCCGAAUCAAAUGGCUCCACCCAUGGAGUCAUACAACGGCAUGAUGCCCAUGGGCCCUCCGCCAGUCCAUAGCUAUGGCCAAUAUCAGAAUAUGCCAUAUGCCCCGAUGGGGUAUUACCCAGGAUAUCCAUAUCCAGGAUCACAGCCAUUGGCCCAUCAGCAAGUCAAUUUUGUGCCACCGCCACCAAACAAUCACUUCAACUACAACAAUUUCGCGUCCAUGAUGCCGCAGCAAAUGCAUCCAAAUAUUCACAACAAUGGCAAUAAUGUGCAGCAGAUGCAGCCUCAACAGCAGAAAUUCAAGAGACCAGUAAACAAGUACCCGACAUGGGAAGGUGCGAAACCACAGGGAUAUGUUCCCUUUGCAGCUGCUAUGCCUUCUCACAUGGCCAGUGAUAAUCCAUAUCCAGUUAACUACCCGGUUCCCCAUGCUCCUGAAAAAAAAGAAUUCACACUGAACGACAACCAUUUUCCACCACUGCCCGUUCCAUUGAAAUCUCGAAAAGUGAAGGGGAAAUAACUAACUAAUUAAUUUAUCUUAAUAUUCAAAGAAACACCGAAGUGCCUUUCAAAUCAACACAAUGAAGCGAGAAACGAAAUUAAAUACUUACAUAAAAUAUAAGGGAACACAGGAAUGCAUUUUAAACCCAAAAAA